GCCACCACGAACUGUCAACCCAUCCCCCAUAUUCUUGGCGUCCAUAAUGUCGGCUUGAGCUCGCUAGUCGAGUUCACUGUCCUCGUAGAUUCCAAUGGAACCUGCGGACGAAGCCCAGCAGAACGAAUUCACAGCGCUUAAAUCCAUAUACGGGGACGACUUUAUCGAAACCUCACCCGUGAACGUCUGGAAAGGCGCUGUCAAACUCCGAGAAUUCUCUAUCCGUGUACGCCACCCCGACCCCAAUCAUGCCGACAAGAUAUUCUUCCACCUUCAUGUCAAGUUUCCGAAAACGUAUCCGACCCUAGCAUGCCCCAUCUUCACGAUCGAGAGGCCCAUGAGGGGCAUAUCAGACGAGCAGUACACAAAGCUCAAUCGUGUGCUGCACGCGGAGGCGCAAGCUAACAAGGGCACGGAGAUGGUCUUCCAGAUCGUCAGCUUCUGCCAAGAGUGGCUCGCCGCGCACGUCGUCCCACCGAAGGAGAUCUCCGGCUCGCUCGCGGUGCAGAUGAGCAAGCGCGCGGAGGAAGAGGAGCGCGAGCGCAAGCGGCGCGAGGACGCCGAGCGCGAGGCCGCGCACGAAGCGGAGGCGAUCCGCCGCUGGCAGCUGCAGACACAGAUCCAGGCCGAGCAGCAGGCGCAGGCGCGCGAGACCGAGCUCGUUUUCCGCUCCCGGCGGCGCGCGGGCUCGGAGGCGACAGAGGUCCCCUCCGCGGCGACGAGCGAGAUCCCGACGGAGACGUUCCCUGCGCCCAUCAACUUCGCUGGCCGUCGCUUCGAUACGGUGCGCAUCUUCCACCCACGCGCCGCGGGACGGCUGGGGAUGGUGUACAUGGCGGAUCCGGUCGAGGAGGGCGAGCCUGUGCCGCCUCUGGAGCUCUUCGAGGCGACCUUCGACGGGCCGUACUACUCGAGCACGCAGGGGCGCAAGAAGCUCAAGCAGCUCGCCGCUGAGGGGUCCCGCUUGACCCAGAUCCGACAUGCGAACGUGCUGUCGCUCCUCGCAGUCAAGCUCCAUUUACCCAACUCGAAUGCCCCUCCCCGCCUCGUCAUCCUUGCAGAGCAAGCCCCCGCCGUCGCGUUGCAAGACGUGCUGCAGGACUGCGCCGCCCUGAGGGACGAUCGCGCCAUUGACUAUCUGGGGCAGAUCCUCUCGGGGCUGAACGCCAUUCAUCUCCAAGGUCUCGUUCAUCGUGGUAUCGAUCCUCACUGCAUAUAUCUCGCCCCUCGUGACCCUGCGUCUGGACACCCGACCAACGCAAAGCUCGUUCGCAUUGGCCGAGUCGGGUUCCAUACCAAGCUGCGCGACCUCUACCGCUCCAACCCGUGGGGCCUGCCUCCGAACACGUCCGACACGGUGAACUUGGACGGCGACUCACUCGACGACGCCGAAGACGCAGUGAACGAACUUCCGGAAGGAUGGCUAUCGAAGGAUGUGAAGAACGAGUCGGCGCUGGUUUACACCGCCAGACGAGACAUACAUGCUGUCGGCAUCGUGUUUCUGCAGAUGCUGCUCGGGCUCGAUGUCAUGCAGAAGUUCGAGGACAUCCGCAGCGCGGUGCAUUCGCCGUUCCUUCCGCCCGCGGCCCGCCAUAUUGCGAGCUGUAUGACCAGCCAGCACAAGAAGAGCGUCACCUGCAUCUCCCUCCUAGCCGAGCUCGCAUCCAGCUCGAAGGCCGUGCCCAUUCCCCCGCGCUCGCGCGGCGACGGUCAGAACGGGUAUCAUAGCGAGAAUGGCACGCCCAAUGGCCAUCCUAUCUACAAAGCAAACGGCACGCAAGGCUGGACACCCAACGAACUCUGGCCAUCGCAACCGAAUGGGUCUACGCCGUUGAGCACAGGCAUUGAUCGCAAUGGGUUGAUGAACUGGAGUGACCAACGCACUCCGGGGACGCAUGCGAUGAUCAGUGGUUCCCCCGAGAGCGGUUACUUCCACGCGCCGGUGCCGCGGGUACAGCAGUCGAGUCGUUGGAAGGAAGAUUGGAUAGAAUUGGAGAUACUGGGUCGUGGAGGCUUUGGUUCUGUUGUCAAGGCUCGCAACAAGGUCGACCAGAAGGUGUACGCGGUGAAGAAGAUCAGGUUGAAGGCGGCGCAAGACGACAAGCGCAUCUUCCGCGAGGUCAACGCGUUAAGCGUGCUCAAGAGCCAGUUCAUCGUACGCUACUACGGGACAUGGGUCGAGAUGUUCGACGACGCGCCGAGCACCGUGGCCUCGGAUGACGAAGAAAGCGGGACGGGCUUCACCCGAGGCGGGGACGACGACCUCACACACGAUGGGAGCCAUACGCGCUCGCGAUCCCGCACAAACAGCGCGCCGAUCAGCGUCGAUAUGAACGCCCUCGACCGGACGAAGUCACGCUCGGAGACCUUCGAGGGCAUCUUCUUCGAGAAGUCUGGAGAAGGGCAGGAGGGCGAGGGCAGCAGCGACUCUGAAGGUGGAAGCGACGAGCUCGGAAACGAUGAUAACCCCAGAGCAGUCCGCCGGAACGGUAGCGAUGGGGAUGGGCUGUUCGUGCGACCGCAGAGUCAGGUAUCGGAGGAGGUCUCGUCGCUUCCACCGCGAACGCUGUAUAUCCAGAUGGAGUUCGUCGAGCGGCAGACGUUGAAGGAGCUCAUCCAGGAGGGUAUCACCGAGCAGGAGUCGUGGCGCUUGUUCUCGCAGCUACUGAGUGCGCUGGUGGAAAUGAGGAAAGAAGGGAUCCUGCAUCGCGACAUUAAGCCGCAGAAUAUCUUCAUUGACGCGCAGGGCAACUGUAAAGUCGGCGACUUUGGGCUUGCGACAUCUAGUCUCGCGGCUGUGGAUCCGUCUGACGUAUCGCCGGCUCUGCGCUUGACGGACGAGGUUACCUUCAACGUCGGCACGUACCUUUACAUCGCGCCCGAGGUAUCGUCGAAGCGCAGGGGCUCGCGAAAUCACAGCAAGGCGGACAUGUAUAGCUUGGGUAUCGUCUUCUUCGAGAUGAACUUCCGCUUCAGCACCGACUCGGAGCGUAUUGCGACCAUCAGCAAUCUGCGUAGACCGGAGAUAGUCUUCCCCGAAGACUGGGAUGUCAGGCGAGAAAGACAACGACAAAUCAUCACUUGGCUGCUGCAACAUGACCCCGACGACAGACCGGACGCCGUCGAGCUGUCGCAGAGCAAGUUGCUACCUCCGCGGGUAGAAGAGGAGUAUCUGAAAGAUGCGCUUGAGAUGAUGGCCAAACCGGACUCGCUUCAUCGCUCUGCUGUACUGUCUUCCCUAUUCAACCAGCCGCCACGUCCAGCACGCGCCUACCUCUACGAUGCAGAUGUCGCAACCCCCGAUCACGCGGCCCUCAACUACAUCGCGGAGGAGCGCCUAUCCGCCGUCUUCCGCCUCCAUGGCGCCAUCGACACGGAGCCGCCUCUACUGAUGACGGAGACGAGCGCGGACGAUAGUCAUGCAACGUUUCUGGACCGCUUCGGUGAUGUUGUGAUGCUGCCCGCCGACCUUCUCGUUCCCUUCGCGCGGCUUGCGGCUAGGAAGAGUUCAAACCGGAUCAAGCGCUACCAUAUUGGCGACAUCUACAAGUCGAAUGGUAUUGCCGGCCAUCCUAAGUACUCUAAGGCGGCGGUGUUCGACAUCAUUUCCAAGGAUCUUAGCUUGGGUCCUGUCGCAGCUGGCGUCGAGAUGCUCUCGGUCGCUUCAAGUAUUCUGGACAGCUUCCCGAACGUCUCCCAAGCAUACGAGAUUCACAUUACGCACUCGGAGAUCAUCGAUUGUGCGUUCGACCGCGUGCCGCAGGAGUUGCGCGCCUCGGUACGCGACAUUCUCCUGCAGCAUCGUUCGUCGACCCCGCAAAAGCGGUCAGCGUUGGCGAAGAAGGGCAUCAGCAGCUCCGUCAUCCAAGAGCUUGACCUUCUUGUCGACCCUGAGGCGGAUAUCGACGAAUGGAUAUCAAAGUUGGAGAAGACAUCGCCGUUCUUGCUUGGCUCGAUCCGCUCUGCCCUCGACGAGGUCAAGAACACCCUGCAGUUCGCAGCGGCAACCGGUAUCAAGAGGCCCAUCCUCUUCCGUCCUCUCAUGCUAAAUCAGUUCGCGCGAACGUUUGAGGGUGGCGUCGUCAUCCAGGUCGUCCGUCGGAACAAGCGCCAGGAUGUGCUUGCUAUGGCGGGCAGAUACGACCACCUCAUCUCGCAGUUCACCCCUCCGAAUGUGGAGUCCGAGCCGUUAUGCGCGUACGGGAUGCAAGUCUUCGUCGACCGUAUCACCACGGCCCUCGUCGACUACCAGAUCUCGUCCGUUAAGACCCUCGUCAAAGAACAACGAUCGUUCGGUUUCUGGAGUCCUCGGCGCUGCGACGUCUACGUCGUAUCAUUCCAUCCGGGAUACCUACAAGAUCGGCUUGACAUCGUCGCUGACCUCUGGAACAACAACAUCAGUGCCGAUCUCAUGUAUGAUGCGGGGUUGCCGACGUACGAGUACGAGAGUGCGUUCGACGUGUGCGCGCGGGAGGGUAUUUUAUUCACGGUGUACCCUCGCCCUCGAGGAGGGAAGCGAGAUCAGCUAGUCCUGAAGGUCAAGAGUUUGCUGAGGGGCACCGAGUAUGAACUCUCGCGUUCCGAGCUUGUCCCUUGGCUUCAGCAGCAGAUCGCAGAGCAGAAGCGCGUGGAUCUCGCAACGUCCGGCACACCGGUGCUCUCGGAUACGCAGCUGCCCGCCGUGGCGAAGGAACCUUCGACCCAGCAGGACCUGCAGCUACUUCUUCCUGUCGACACCAAGAAGCAGCGCAAGCAUGUGAAGCAGCUCUUUACCGAUCGAGCAUUCGAGACGGGCAUGAAGGUGAAGACGUCCGCCCAGACUGGUAUGCCCACGCUUGCCGUCGACCUCCCUGCUGCCGUGUUCGACGCCAUGGUGAGAUCGUCGCAGUGGAUCACGGACGAAGAAGCCUGGCGUGGCAUCAUGUCGCUCUUCCCGACGCAGCACUCCGCCUAUGCCCAACAAGUCCGCGAGGCGGCGGCCAAGAGGAAAGAGGAGGGCUACGCGUAUAUCCUAUUGUACGCGGUGAGGGAGGACAGGAUCCAACUGCUGGCGCUCGCGUGAAUAUGGAUGUGCUUUUUAUGUCUUGAUGUUUUCUCUACGGUCUUUCUACUCAUCUAUUUCUGUUCACGACCUCUGUCUAUGAGCUUAUAUGAACGUACUUAUGUGCUUGGUCUACAUACUAUAACGCCUCCUGUAUUACCAUCGGUUGUGUACAACACGCAGCGUAAUUAUGACAAUUCCGUAGUUUCUGAACUUUCGCUGGACGGGGCGCAUCGAAGCGGUUUCGAGUAUACUCUAUGCUCUGAGGUUUGAAAGAGGGACGUUGCGUACAAUAAAUAUAGCGAAAGUUCACAAAGCAGGGAACAACGUUGUGGCCGACGUAUAUACGAUAGUCAUGCUCGAAGAAAUACUAUCAAUGUAGACAGGAACAAGCUCCCCUACCUGCGUGAAGAAUUUCUGCGCUUCGGA